AUGGCGUCAAAUCCAUCUACAACUGCUCCAGUUGAUUAUAUUAUAACAUUAGUUGAAACGAUUGAAAAUAUCGUUGAACCUUACGUGUCUCCGAUAGAACUUGCGAUUAAAUCAAUAUUUACUUCAUACUUUCCUUCCCUGAGUGAAAAUGUUUCGGGUUUUUUAGAAAAAAAUCAUUCACCUUUAUCGGCUCGUUUACCCUUAAUGAACCCUUUUCACGUCUUAUUAAUCGUUAUCGCGUAUUUAUCCUUGGUAUUUUUGGGAAAGUCUAUAAUGUCAACUAGAGAAAGAUUUAAUGUCAGAUUAUUAAGUAUUAUACAUAAUUUGGUCUUGGUCACUUUGAGCGCAUAUAUGUUUGGAACCAUCAGUUCCGAAGCUUGGAAGAAUGAUUAUUCCUUAUUUGCUAACCCUGAAGUGAAAUCCGAAGAAGGUCAACAGAUGUCGAAAUAUAUUUGGCUCUUUUACGCUUCGAAGAUCGCGGAAUUUAUGGACACUUUUAUCAUGAUUUUGAAAAAGAAUUUUCGUCAAAUUACUUUCUUGCACGUCUAUCAUCAUUUUUCGAUUUUUAUGAUCUGGUGGUUUGUAACAUUUGUCGCGCCAAAUGGGGAGGCGUAUUUCAGUGCCGCUUUGAAUUCACUCGUUCACGUUGUAAUGUACGGGUAUUAUUUCAGCACGACAAUCUCCAUUCCGAUUCGUUUCAUAAAACGUUACAUCACUUUGUUUCAAAUGACUCAAUUUACUUUAAUGAUGAUCCAAUCUACUUAUGAUAUGGUCUACUUUAAGGUGUUACAUCCUGAGGAAACAAAUACUUAUCCAUUUUCAUUAACCGCUAUACUUUGGGUUUAUAUGUGGACCAUGUUGGCCUUAUUCGCUAAUUUCUUUAGAGCUGAUAGAAAAAGGGAAAAAGAAAUUAAAUCAACUCCCGGUAAAAAAUCUCAAUGA